AGGACGUGCAGUCAGUCUGCUGCUAAGUCUCUGGAGUUAGCUAGACAGCUAGCCAUGAGCUAACAAGUAGCUAGCUGAGUCUUCUCAUCUUGCCACCAUAACUCAACCUCCGCCAAACGUCGUGCUAAGGUGAACACUAUUUAAUUUCCCGGCAUUAUCAUUUGGCCCCUGGUUGCAGCUGGAUUUUACGGUCUUCAUUUCACAAUCCUUCCUUCCACCUCCAGCUCAGCCUUGAACUUUCUACCUUUGACACUCAGAUCUCCUGGUACACAGAGCCAUGGCAGCUGCUAAGCCGAAAGGGCAGAACUCUCUAGCCCUUCACAAAGUGAUCAUGGUGGGCAGUGGAGGAGUGGGGAAAUCAGCCCUCACACUCCAGUUCAUGUAUGAUGAGUUUGUUGAAGACUACGAGCCCACCAAAGCAGACAGCUACAGGAAGAAAGUGGUGCUGGACGGAGAGGAGGUACAGAUUGACAUCCUCGACACAGCUGGACAAGAGGACUAUGCAGCCAUCCGAGAUAACUACUUCCGCAGCGGCGAGGGUUUCCUCUGUGUAUUUUCCAUCACAGAACUGGAAUCAUUUGCAGCAACAGUAGACUUCAGAGAGCAGAUCCUGCGAGUGAAGGAGGAUGAGAAUGUGCCCUUUCUCUUGGUCGGUAACAAGUCAGAUUUGGACGACCGACGGCAGGUGAGCGCAGAUGAGGCGAAGGCACGUGCCGAGCAGUGGGGAGUGUGCUAUGUGGAGACAUCUGCCAAAACCCGUGCCAAUGUUGACAAGGUGUUCUUUGACCUGAUGAGAGAGAUCCGGGCGAGGAAAAUGGAGGACAGCAAAGAGAAGAACGGGAAGAAGAAAAGUAAAAGUUUGGCCAAGAGAAUUAGAGAGAGAUGUUGUAUUUUAUAGUGUUAAAGGAGAAGCAGGAUAGCUGCUUAUGUACAUAUACAUUUCUCAGACUUUUGCAUUUAUUUUGUGCCCGUACCUGACCAUGACUUUCUGUUCCUGGCUUCCAGGACAUCUGACCGUGUGUCAGGGAGUAGUAAGGUGGCACUCCAUACACCAUUUAUAGCUCUAACUUUUUAUGUGCUGACACUCCAAAUAAUUUAUGUACUCUCUCUCUCUUCUCUUACUCUGACCACAUUACAGAGUGUAAUAAAUGGAUGGUGUUUAAUUUAGGCCUAAGCUUGACAAGAGGCUAAGCCCUGAAAUGUUACAAAAUUUUUCAUUGUAAAGUUUGAUGUGUAUAAUAUAUUCAAGACAGCUGUGCAGUUGAAGAGAAAAGAUGAAAAUGACAGUGUCAGAGCCAAGGUUUAAACGGGGGGGGAAGUUGUAACUGGAGCUUGGGUAGGAAGUGGAAGUGAGCAGACUCAGCAGUAUAGUGUCAACCCAGAAUUCAUCAAGUGCCACCGAGGAAAUGUUCGUCGCACUGGUGAAUCUGUGAAGCAUUUUAAUCAAAGAAAUUGUUACUAAGAGCCGAAAAUUUGAUGCCAUUCCUAGUUGUUGUUUUACACCUCAGUUUUACUAUGUGGUAAGGUUAUGAACACUUAUUUUUAUCUGUGAAGUCAAACUUUUUUCUCUCUUCUUUUCUUCCUCGUCCUCUAUCAUAUCAACCAGUGUAAGAUAAGCGCACUAAUGUUUCUUUCCCCUCCGCGUCACUUUGUCGAGCCCUCUCUAAUGCACAAACAUUAAUCAUUACCCUUAAAUCUGCGAGGGAUUUUACAACACUUGAACCUUUUUCAAUUCUAACAUUUCAGAAGUUUUACCUCACAUUGCCUUUUUUUUGCGAUAAAGGAAUCCCUGGUGCUCUGAUAAAAAGGCGAUUCCAUAACACUACGUCCUUUACAGUACAUGCUGUUUUUAAACACUUCUUAAAGCUGAUAAAAUAAAUUGCUUCCAGUCAUGUAAAGAUUUAUUUAGCCUAUUUGCUUUUCUUGGCUCAGACUUUUAAUCACCAACCUUGUAGUCCCCUCUUUUUUUUUUUUUUUUUUUUUAAACUGAAAUGUAUUUCUUAAUAGGGGCUCAAGUGAGAAUAAACUAAUGGGUAGAUGAAUUUCAAGGCUUAAAAUAUCAAAAAUGAAUGAUAGUAGUGAGGUUGUUCCUGUCCAAAAAAAGUUGCUCUCAGUCACCAAAGAAAAACGCUAGCUAGUACAAACAAGUGCCCACUUAUUAAUGGAGGUGAAUGACAACUUGCUACAGUGAGCAGUGUUUGUUUAAGAAAUAUCUUUGUAAAAGUGAUGGAGGCAAAUGUUGAAGUUGGAGAAUUUCAUUGUGAAUGGCCUGGGGGAGAAAUGCAAAGCUAAGGAGGGAUUUAGUAAUUCAUGUACAGUGCAUCACUGUUGCCUCUCUGUCCAUUGUGAAUGUGAAUACUCCCCCGUACCCUUCCUGUUUGCCUGUAAUCUUAGCCUGCCAAUGAUGUGCAGAGUUUAGAGGUCAUUGGCGUUUCUACUUUGUUUACCUUUGUUGCAUUUUGUGUAAGGCUAUUUAGCUGUAGUGACAUCUUACUGAAACACCUGAUUUGUUCAUUUCCUCUUGCUCAUGUAGUGACAGUUUUACAGGCAAGUGAUUGAAGCAGUGUAAAAAAUUUGGCACAUUGAGAACAUGAUCAACAGCUAAAUUGCAUAGACCAAAACACACUGUGAAAUCUGCCCCUCCAUUCUCUUUACAACUGAGCCACUCUUUUAUAUUUCUUUUAACUUAUUUAAAAUAACUUAUUUUAUAUUUUUAAGUUGUUUUCAAAGUCGCCAUCCAGAGGUUGUUGCCACACUACACUCUCUCUGAUCCAGUUUAAACUGUAGAUGUGUGCGUUGCCAACAGCAACAGCUCACCAUUUACAUUAAAAUAUUUCCUCAACCAAUAGGAUGCCUAACACUGGAGUCUAUGCAAAAUAGUGAUUGUUGUAAUUGCAAAGAGGAAGAGAAUAUGAAAUCUGGAAACUAUUCAAAACAGUGUCAAUGAGUGCACUCAAAGCAUUUAGGCUUGAAUGCUGUUCAGAGAUGUGACCACAGCUCAGAAAACCUGAAUCGAAAGGCCCCGUCUACACGUUUACAGAUACUUUUCAAAAACUGAUAUUUUUACUCCUCUGGUUUAAGAAAUAAUUUGUCCGCAAGACCUUUGUUUUACAAAACAUUGCCGUCCACGCUUGAAGGUAAAAAGCCCAAAUGCCUGCUGGUAUUAGCCGUUGACUGCAGCCUCCUCUCGUUAUAAAGGGUAAAAGUAAAGGGUGCAGGCUAACGCUCUUUUUCAAAACACCUAGUGGAGAUCAGAUAAAAUAGUUGUUUGUGGCGGACUUUAAACCAUUGACAAAAAAUGUUGACAAAACAUUUGGUAUAGUGGAGGCCUCUGUUUGUCUAUAAAGUGGUGCAGCAACUUUAAGCAGGUUUAAGUGUAAAGAAGCCAUGAAACUAAGCAGUGCAAACAAAAUGUAAGCAAAUCGACAGUCCGACAUUAUUGUUGUUUCUAGUGUUUGCUCUGUAUACAAAGCGAUGAUGUGCAUGCACAAAUUGAGGAGAUGAUGUCAUCUUUUCCGAAAUGCUCGAUUUUUUUAUAGAUGUUGCUUUUAUGAUAAAUUUGACUAAUAUUAUUCGUGUGAGGGGAUUGACAAGCUAGGUGUAAAUGGGAAAUCUGUAAAUAUAAAACUACUUCCACAAGUACAAAAAAAAUUUGUAAACUCACAAAAUAUAACAGCUGUAAAUAUACGAACGACUCUGUGCAUAAAACGCAAAUCCGCAAGUGUAGAAUUGAGAUUCACAAAUAAAGACUGGAUUUACAAAUUUAUGCUAGAUGUUGUAAAUGUUAGCAAGAAACAACAAAUACUUUUCAUCUUUUGUAAAUUAAGUAUAUUCACAUUUUUUUUACGUGUGUAAUUUGUAUUUGCAAAUCUGUUUUAUUUUUGCAAAAGUUUUUGGAGUUUACAAAUAUUUUUUGUGUUUGUGGAAGGUGUUUCAUAUUUACAGAUUACACGUUAAAACGCGGAUUGUCGACCCUUUAACAAAAAAAAAUUAUGACUUUUUGUUUUUUCAGGUUAACUGAAAAUGGAGUUUCAAAAAUUCUGUACCUUAGAUGGUAAAAAAUGUUAUUUUAAGUGACCUAAAACUUUGCGUGUUGACAAGAGGUCAAAAUGUAGAGAAAAAUAUACGUUUUAAAAAAAUAUCUGUAUACAUAUAGACGGGGCCAACACUUGCAAACUGUUUUUCUAUUUGAAAACACUUGUCUCAUUGAUUCCCUGAGUUAAUACAUACACACUGAGGAAUUGCUGGCUUUGAUUACAGGCUUUGUUUGUCACAUUUCAGUGUGUAACUUGUACAAACAGACAGUAAUGCAAAAGAAUGUGCGUGGUAUUUCCUGUUAACUGAAAAGCACACAGUAGUAGAGAGUUAAAGAUACGUGACUCAAACCCAAAAUGUGGGGAUCUCAUUGCAUCGGAAUGCUUAUAAAGUAGUUUGAGAUAAUCUGUUUUAAGGGCUAACCUCCAGUACACCAUACCAUGACAGAAACAUAACUGAGUUAGUGCAAGUUAAAGCAGCAGGCGCAGAAACUGACAUAUAGUGCAAGAAUCACAGUCUGUUAUGGCAUACCUUCCUUAGCUUACGGCCAUUACAUUACCUGCUGUGUGUCUUCAUCCUUCAUCAUGGAGGAUUGCAGAAGCUACUAAAGUAACCACCAUAGUGCUUGCUUACUCUAACAUUGGCUUAACACUCAUAAUACUUUUCUUUGUCGUCAUCUUAAUAGACUUGAUGGCCCAAAUAUUUUCAGCAGGAUUCAAGGGGUGAAACUAAAACAGAUAGUUGUGUGAAAGCUACGAGCAAACUGUCCUACUGGGUAUUCAAAUGACUCGUUUUGCCUUUUAUAUAAAUACCCUCGGAAUAAAGAACAGAUAUCUUUGUCUUGGAUUGGAUGGUCGUAUGUAUGCCAUCAGUUAAAUGUUUCCUUCAUGUUUACUUAUUUUGAACAUAACCACUAAUGUAGCCUAUCUGUUUGUGAAUGCAAGAGGUGAAGCUUACAUUUCAAUUCAUUUUUUUGUGAGUUAUUUGGAAAUGGCAAAUAAAGUGGAUAUUACUAAUAAUA